AUGGGAAUCGGGGUCAAUGACUCUUUUCUUACGGUACACGCAUGGCUUCGACAAUCAAACAAUGAGAAUAUGCAGACGAGGAUGGGAAGGGUUUUUGAAGAAGUUGGUCCCUCCAUAACCACGACUACGCUGACAAACGUCAUUACGUUUCUUAUCGGAGCCUUUACCCCGACCAGUGAGAUCUCAAUCUUCUGCUUCGGCACAGCCCUCGCCCUUGGCAUGGCGUAUAUUUACACAUUAAUACUAUUUGGCCCAAUUCUCUAUUAUUCUUCCCCGACUACGGUUGAUAAGGACGGGCCGCGUACUGUAGAUGGAUGGAGGCUUACGCUGCGAAACUUCUUGAAAUGCCUGGUGCGUGGGUAUGCAAAAGUGAUCAGCCAUCCCGCCGUCUCUAUCGUCUUAUUACUCGGCAGUCUAGUAUAUUGGUUCUUCGCGGUGAAGGGUACUGUAGGACUCGAGUCGAAACUCGACACCGGCAAAAUCCUCCCAAUUCACACCCCAAUUCGACGCCCAAAUCGAUUGAUGGAGGAGAUUAUAUGGCCGGAAUACUAUCCACUGACUGUCAUCGUCAACAACCCGCCGGAUAUUCGAAAAUCCUCACAACUCGCCAGGCUGAUCAAAAUGCAUGAAGAUUUUGAGAGGAUGGAGCAUAAUCGCGGCAAAAUCUACACUCUCUCCUGGAUUCGAGCGUACCAAUCGUACUACGAGCAAGCGUCAAUCUUCGAUUUUGACGAAGAUCUUGAGGCCCGCGAUUCUGGCUUGAGCUAUGGGAAAUUGGAGCCGUUCCUCAACGAUACGCUACGUCGACAGUAUCAAUCGUUCGUCAAGCUAACGAAUAGCAGCUCAAACCCGAUCCAGCGUUUCUCGCUAGUUUUCGUCUUCGAAAAGCUCUCAUCAUGGGAAGAACGUAUCAGAUUGGUGGAGGAGUGGCGCGGAAUUGUUAAUAGUUAUUCGGAGAUGAACGCGACAAUCUACGAUGUGAAUGCAAUGUUUGUCGAUCAGAUUAUUUCGCUGAAGCCGUUGGCCAUGCAGAGUGCAAUGUGGACAUUAAUUUGUAUGGUGGUUGUUUGCGCUCUCUUCAUCCAGAAUCCAGCCUCCGUCCUCCUUGCAUCACUCGCCAUAGCUUCGAUAUCACUCGGAACUGUUGGCUACCUCUCAUUCUGGCAUCUCGACCUGGAUCCAGUCUCCCUUGGUGCAAUUCUGAUGAGUAUCGGAAUGUCCGUCGAUUUCACUGCCCACACCACAUAUCAUUAUCAGCUCCAAUCUCACGUUGUCGAACGGAAUGGGAAGUCAGUGAUUGUUCCGUUGCGGGACCCUGUGGAUAAGCUGAUGCAUACGGUAGAAGCUAUUGCCUGGCCAAUGACACAGGCUGGCCUAUCGACUGUCAUUUGUAUAUUGCCGUUGGUGUUGUUGCAGAACUACAUCCCUCUCGUCUUCGUCAAAACGAUAUCACUUGUCGUGAUUUGGGGGAUGUGGCAUGGACUUGUAUUACUUCCCGCCUGCCUCGCACAGGUUCCCACUCGGAUAUUCGACAUCAACUGCUACCGUAGCAUCUUCCGGGAACCCCCACCAGAAGACAGAGAAAUGGAGACGAUUGGAGAAAGUACCGUCCAAACUCCACUUGUC